CACUCGCUGUUCGUUCCGCAUCGUCGGGGACAGCAUCGAGCUCAACUUUUUCUCCUCCGACCGUCAUGUCGCUCGCCAUUUUAAGAGCUCCAGUUACCAGUGCCUAUAAGGCAGCAGCACUCAGACCCGUUCUCGGGAUUUAUGCCGCUCGCUCUGUGUAUACCUCGAAUUCUGCGCAAGCACCCGAAACUAUACCUACUUCGACCACCUCUGCUUCUGAGCCGAUCACCACGUUAGCGAUGCGCGGCUCGAAUCAAUUCAGCCUUGAGCAGCCUCAGAACAAGGCUGAAUACGUCCUGUCAACAUUAGACAAAGUUGUCAACUGGGCACGCCAGGGUUCAAUAUGGCCCAUGACUUUUGGUCUUGCAUGUUGCGCUGUCGAAAUGAUGCACAUGGCUGCUGCUCGCUAUGACCAGGAUCGUCUCGGUGUCGUUUUCCGUGCCUCUCCGCGUCAAUCUGACGUUAUGAUUGUCGCGGGUACUCUCACAAACAAAAUGGCUCCUGCUCUCCGUAAAGUCUACGACCAAAUGCCUGAACCAAGAUGGGUAGUGUCCAUGGGAUCUUGCGCAAAUGGUGGCGGUUACUACCACUACUCAUACGCUGUUGUCCGCGGUUGUGAUCGGAUUGUGCCCGUGGAUAUAUACGUCCCUGGGUGCCCGCCAACUGCUGAAGCGUUGCUUUAUGGUAUGUUGCAACUUCAGCGCAAAAUGAGAAGAAACAGGAAGAGUGUGCUUUGGUACCGCAAAUGAGGUGGUUUUCGCGAGCCUGGCCUGGGGGCGGUGCACAUAAACUAGCGUUUCUGAUGGCGUGUUUCGUACAUGACUCACGGCUGGCUUGCAUCCCUUCCUUUCCUUGUCCGCAAUCCUGUGAAGGAGACUUUGCCCGUGUCCUACAGGUACCAUGGGUUUACCAAUUUUAUUUCGCCUCCAGUAGAGUUCACUUUAUGCAAGGAAGUCAGAGUAUCAACUGGUGAUAAACACAAGCCAAAGCACCCCCAUUUUCCUCGACAUACACACCUCUGGGGCGAGAAAUACUGUCUCUCCGUCAAGAAUUUGAGUACGUCCUUCAGCUUCUACUGGCUGCAGGUUGUGCAGGUCAUACCCCGAAGGGGAGACAUCCGUUGUGAUGUAUGCAUGCCGUGCACAACUGCGAUC